AUGGAGGGUUCGCACGAAAAGACACAGGUUGACCCCGAGCGCAGUCCAUCCGUCGAACACCAUGUAGGCGAGGAGCCAUGGCACGGCAUGUCUGUCGGUCGCUACCUUACGACGCGUCUCACGACCUUGAAGCCACCAAUGUUAAGCGCACCGAACCCGUUCAAGCUCGUCGUGAUGAUCAACAGGCGUCAAUGGGCCUUUUUCUUCAUUGCGUUUGCUGCCUGGACAUGGGACGCCUUCGACUUUUUCACCGUCUCGCUCACCAUCACCGACCUCUCGGAGACCUUUGACAAGUCCAAGGCCGACAUCACCUGGGGUAUCACGCUGGUCCUAAUGUUUCGAUCCGUCGGCUCAAUCAUCUUCGGCAUCGCAGCUGAUCUAUACGGUCGGAGAUGGCCAUUUAUCGUCAAUAAUCUCCUCUUCAUCAUCCUCGAACUGGGCACCGGCUUCUGCCAGACUUAUGACCAGUUCCUCGCGUGCCGCGCCCUCUUUGGUAUCGCCAUGGGCGGUCUAUACGGCAACGCAGCAGCCACGGCUCUCGAGGAUCUCCCAAGCGAGACUCGCGGGAUGAUGUCCGGUGUCCUGCAGCAAGGUUACGCCUUCGGAUACCUCUUAGCAGCCGCCUUUGCCCGGGGGUUGGUCAACACUACCCCGCAUGGCUGGCGCCCCCUCUUCUGGUUCGGGGCCUGCCCACCAGUACUGUUUAUCAUCUUCCGUCUGAUGCUACCCGAGACCGACACCUUCAUAGAGCACAAGCGCAUACGUGAGGCGGCCGGUCAGCAAGCAGCGGCCGCUGGCGGAAGCGUAACCUCGACCUUCCUGAAGGAGGGCAAGGUCGCCAUUCGCAAGCAUUGGCUGCUAUUGACGUACCUUGUCCUUCUCAUGGCAGGCUUCAACUUCAUGUCGCACGGCAGUCAGGACCUCUACCCCACCAUGCUGACGAACCAAUUUGGUUUCAACGCGGACCAGGUCACUAUCACCCAAGUGGUUGCCAACCUCGGCGCUAUGCUGGGUGGCACCACCGUCGGCUACUGCAGUCAGAUUUUCGGCCGGCGGUUCAGCAUCCUGAUUUGCUGCGUCAUCGGCGGCGCGCUGCUAUACCCCUACACCUUCGUUACGACCGAGGCUGUCAUGGCUGCGGCCUUCUUUGAGCAGUUCUGCGUGCAGGGCGCGUGGGGUGUCAUCCCGAUUCAUCUGAUGGAGCUUAGUCCCGGCGCUUUCCGCACAUUCGUCGUCGGUACGUCAUACCAGCUCGGUAACUUGGUCUCCUCCGCCAGCUCGACCAUCGAAGCGCGUCUCGGCGAGAGGUUCCCGCUAGCGUCCGAGGGGAUCGUGAAGCGCUACGACUACGGCAAGGUCAUCUGCAUCUUUAUGGGAUGCGUCUUUGCAUACGUCGUCCUCCUCACAUUUAUCGGUCCCGAGCAUCUGCGCCGUAGCUUUGACGUAGCCGAUGAUUCGGAUAUUCGUGAGAUUGUUGGAGAUGACACGAUUGAAAAUGCACUACACACGCGCGGCGUCGGGACUGGAUACUCGGUGCAUAGUGACGAGGAGAGGGGGCAUCAGGAAAAGACAGCUACGCAUCGAGAGUAA